AUGGCAAACUUCAAGGGCCACGCUCUCCCAGGGAGCUUCUUUCUGAUAUUUGGGCUAUGGUGGUCAGUGAAGUACCCACUGAAGUACUUUCACCAAAAGGGAUUGAAGAAGAACAGACUGAGCCAGCAGCAACAGCGCAUUGAGAUCAUCGAAGGUGCAGUCAAGACUGCGUUUGCAAUCAUUGGGAUCCUGGCCGAGCAGUUUGUUCCAGAUGGGCCUCACCUCCACCUCUACCAUGAGAAUCAAUGGACAAAGCUCAUGAAUUGGCAGCACAGCACCAUGUACCUGUUCUUUGGUGUCUCGGGAAUCAUUGACAUGCUCACCUACCUUUACUUCAACACUGUGCCCCUGGGGGUGGACAGGCUGGUUUUGGCUAUGGCAGUAUUCAGUGAAGGUUUUCUCUUCUAUUUCCACGUCCACAACCGGCCUCCACUGGACCAGCACAUCCAUUCGCUUCUGCUGUUCGGUUUGUUUGGAGGGAGUGUCAGCAUCUCUUUAGAGGUGAUCUUUCGGGAUAAUAUUGUGCUGGAGCUUUUCCGAACCAGUCUCCUCAUUCUUCAAGGAACCUGGUUCUGGCAGAUUGGAUUUGUCCUGUUCCCCCCAUUUGGAACACCAGAAUGGGACCAGAAAGACAUGGACAAUAUCAUGUUUAUCACCAUGUGCUUCUGCUGGCACUAUUUGGUUGCCCUUUGCAUCACGGCCAUCAACUUCUCUCUUGUUUACUGCUUUCUGACUAGGGUGAAGAGACAUGCAGAAGGAGAAAUCAUUGGGAUUCAGAAGCUGACAUCAUCAGAUCACACUUACCAGUCAGCCCUUUUGAGUGGCUCAGAUGAGGAGUGACAUCAGGCCUUGGGGAAGUGGAGAGAGACCUCAUCCUUUGUCAACAAUAGCUGGAACAAAAGCAGCUUAUCCCCUCUAUUUAAGGCUCGCCCUACUGUGCUCUUAGGGCUCCAUAUUUGCAUUCCUCAUCUAACAGAGUUAGAGACUCAAAUACAGGAAAUUGGACCUCAGGUGUUUACCAUGCUACUUGGAUUUUUACACAUAAUUUAAGUUAUAAAGUCCAUAUUAGAGUAAUACUAUUAUAGACCUUU